UAUCAUUUCUCUUCAAGUUUUUCUGAGAUGUAAAAGGUCAAGGUCUCCAGCUGGUUCUAAACCUCUGCUAAUAGCAUGCUCCUCUCCUGGACCCUUCUCCACCUCACCUCACCCAAGUCUAGCAGGUACCUGGAAACUACUAGCAAGGAUGUCAGAUGUAAACUUAAGAGGUCGGGGUGUGGGAAAUAAAGAUAUGAAAAUGAGGAGAAAGAACUGUUUCAGCUUUAAGACCGGAAUCUCCUAGGUUCCUGCUAGACCAAUCUGCAGCUUUUGCAAACAGCCUUAAUGUCAUCAGCGCCCCACUGCGGAAUUCAAAGCUCAGCUUGUCACGACUGUUAACACCUUCUUUGACCAGUCUCUUUCUGUUUGUUUCUCUUCUGUUCCUUUCUGUCGCCACCGGGAAGGUUCCAGGAGAACAUUGGUUUUUUAGGGAGUCCCCUCACCUAACAAACCGCCCCUUGGCGUGCAGAAGUUGGGGGAAGAUACUCUGGACUAGCCGGCUUACAGGAUGCCGGUGCCGCUGACUACAGCCCUGCGUGUGGUGGGCACCAGUCUGUUUGCCCUGGUGGUACUAGGGGGCAUCCUGGCAGCCUAUGUGACAGGCUACCAGUUUAUCCACACAGAAAAGCACUACCUAUCCUUUGGCCUCUACGGUGCCAUCCUGGGUCUACAUCUGCUAAUCCAGAGCCUGUUUGCCUUCCUGGAGCACCGGCGCAUGCGCAAGGCAGGGCGCCCACUGAAGCUGCACUGCUCUCAGAGGCAGCGUUCGGUAGCACUCUGCAUUGCUGCCUACCAAGAGGACCCUGAGUACUUGCGCAAGUGCCUGCGUUCAGCUCAGCGCAUCGCCUUUCCAAACCUCAAGGUGGUCAUGGUAGUGGAUGGCAAUCGCCAGGAAGAUGCCUACAUGCUAGACAUCUUCCAUGAGGUGCUGGGAGGCACUGAUCAAGCUGGCUUCUUUGUGUGGCGUAGCAAUUUCCAUGAGGCGGGAGAAGGAGAGACAGAGGCCAGCCUGCAGGAAGGCAUGGAGCGUGUACGAGCUGUAGUGUGGACCAGCACCUUCUCAUGUAUCAUGCAGAAAUGGGGAGGCAAGCGUGAAGUCAUGUACACAGCCUUCAAGGCCCUUGGCAACUCAGUGGACUACAUUCAGGUGUGUGACUCUGACACUGUGCUGGACCCAGCUUGCACCAUGGAGAUGCUUCGAGUCUUGGAAGAAGAUCCUCAAGUAGGGGGUGUUGGAGGAGAUGUCCAAAUCCUCAACAAAUAUGAUUCGUGGAUCUCCUUCCUGAGCAGUGUGAGGUACUGGAUGGCCUUCAACGUGGAGCGGGCCUGCCAGUCCUACUUUGGCUGUGUGCAAUGUAUCAGUGGGCCUUUGGGCAUGUACCGAAACAGCCUCCUUCAGCAGUUCCUGGAGGACUGGUACCAUCAGAAGUUCCUAGGCAGCAAGUGCAGCUUUGGCGAUGAUAGGCACCUUACCAACCGAGUCCUGAGUCUUGGGUACCGGACUAAGUAUACAGCACGCUCUAAGUGCCUCACAGAGACCCCCACUAAAUACCUCCGAUGGCUUAACCAGCAGACCCGCUGGAGUAAGUCUUACUUCCGGGAAUGGCUCUAUAAUUCUCUGUGGUUCCAUAAGCACCACCUCUGGAUGACCUAUGAAUCAGUGGUCACAGGCUUCUUCCCAUUCUUCCUCAUUGCCACAGUCAUACAACUUUUCUACCGAGGUCGCAUCUGGAACAUUCUCCUCUUCCUGCUGACGGUGCAGCUGGUUGGCAUUAUCAAGGCUACCUAUGCCUGCUUCCUUCGAGGCAAUGCAGAGAUGAUCUUUAUGUCUCUCUACUCCCUUCUCUAUAUGUCCAGUCUCUUGCCAGCCAAGAUCUUUGCCAUUGCUACCAUCAACAAGUCUGGCUGGGGCACUUCUGGCCGAAAAACCAUUGUAGUGAACUUCAUUGGCCUAAUCCCUGUGUCCAUCUGGGUGGCAGUUCUUCUAGGGGGCCUAGCCUACACAGCUUAUUGCCAGGACCUGUUCAGUGAGACUGAGCUAGCCUUCCUAGUCUCUGGGGCCAUCCUGUAUGGCUGCUACUGGGUGGCCCUCCUCAUGCUUUAUCUGGCCAUUAUUGCCCGGAGGUGUGGGAAAAAGCCAGAGCAGUGCAGCCUGGCUUUUGCUGAGGUGUGAAACCCCUGAGUAAAGUGGGAAAAGUGCAAUGGGUAAGGGAGGGGAGGGGAAUGGAAAGAUAGAGUGGGAGGGAGGAGGGAGUCUUGUGUAUUAGUUUCGUGGCUGAACGGACAAAUCUGAAAUGCAAAGAAUUGUGACUGUGGUGUGGCCUGGGUAGCUCUGCUCUGGAAGCUUGGCACUGAUUUUUCAGGCACAGGGCAGAAGAACUUGUCUGUUUUUAGGCUACUUGUCUGCUUGCCCUUGCACAGGCAAUGAUCUGAAAAAAAGAUUUCACUUCCUUCUGGAAACUACAGAGAACCCAGAAGUGUACUAAACUAAGUGCCAAGUGGCAACUUUAGGUACAGGAGCAAGCAAUGACAGCCUUUAGGAAAGUGUCCUCCUAGCCCAUUGGAACAUGAUGAGGUCUAAGAGAAGUUCCCAUCAAGUCUGGCUAGCUAGUAUCCCCUGUCCCAAACUUCUUCUUAGCCAUCAAUGCAUUAAGAUUGUGCCUGAGAUAACAAGGCUGGGAAGCCAGAUCUUUGGUUAGAAAACAGGGUCUAAGAAAUGGUGCUUUAUGUAAUAUACUCUGCUGCACAUCAAAACAUCCCAGGGAUGAGCCAAGCCACCAGGAUUAAGUACUAAGUUUGGUGGUUGUUUUGUUUUAUUUCUCUGUGUGUGUAUAUUAUAAAGGGGAGUUUGGUCAGAUGUCAUGGGUAUGUAUAAUUCCAGCACUUGGAAGGUAGGUGUAAGAGAUCAGAGGUUCAAGGCCAGGCUGCACAACAUGAGAUAAUGUCUCUGAUCAAGAACAGUUUGACAGGAGGGACAAAGAGAUUGUCCUGGUGCUAAAAAACAAAAACAAAACAAAACAAAACAACAACAACAAAAUGGAGGCCUUGGACUGAAUGUAUUCCAACUGGAAACUGCUCAGACUUUUACGAGGAUUCCAAAAUUGUCAAGAGACCUUGCUGGGCAGAUCAGAUCUACCAGGAAGUUCAAACCCCAAUGUUUUCAGAGAAGUCUUAGUUAUUUUGUCUCAUUCAUACAUGAAUUCCUCUCAAAUUCAGCUCUGAUUUAAUGUUUGGCAUCCUACUUCAUAUUUUAUUUUCAUCCAAGGCACACAAUUCUUAGUUGUUUUCUAGUGGGCGUGAGGAGCAGUCACCUAUUCAUUUUCAUGGGUAAGUUUCUUCCCGUGGCAGAAAACUCUUACAAGACCUACAAUGCUCGUAAGACUGCUCCCUACAUGCAUGGAAAGACUACAACCUCUGAUCAUACUGUUCUUCAUCUUGGAACGGGUCAGAACCUUUGGCAGCUGGUUAGCAUGUGUAACUUUCAGAUAACUGUUCUCGACAAUCAUCCCCAAUGGAAAGCUUCCUGGUGUUGCCCAAAUGAACCCUCAAAUCUUUGAGAUCAUCCAUUCUCCUCAGUGGCUUCUCCAAGGCACUCUAUGGCCAGGUAGUGGAUACUUCCCCAUUUGCUGCUUCAGUCCAGGAACCAAACUAGGAGCUGCAACUGUUCAAACAGCCUUCAGUCCUCUCAUACCCCUCAUAGCUGCUUGAUUUCCCUGCUUCUUUUGGGGAGUGAUAAGAAGUUUUUUUUAUAUUGUUUUAAAAUCAAGACCAGACUUGGCUUUUGGAUCUGAAACCUAGGAUCAUGACUAAGCCUUUGACUUUAGGGGUUGCUUAUACUUUUUCCAAACAUUUGUUCUCAGGAGGGGCCAGCUAACCUCUCAGAACCAACAUUAAGGUGGAGAACAGUGUACACAGGUGCUUCGUACAAAGGAAUGAAGUGCACUUCGAACCACAGAUGGACAAACCCUGGGAUUUCCCUUGCUCACAUGAAGACAAGGGUUUUCCAGGUACAGCCAACAGUUGCCACAGCACACAGACCUCAAAUUUCCAAUAAAAUUGCUGACUGAUGUCAAGCCCAACCAAUGGUGUCUGGGAAGCAACAGCCAUUUGUUAAAGGCGGUUGUUCUGGGCCCUUCUGCUAAGAAGUGAACUAUUUUGUGCACUACAAUGGAGGCAAUCCAGUCAGUCAACUACAGGGCUGACUUUACUAAGGGCAUGUUUCUCUUCAGCUUUUACUUGAAGGUUAGUACAGGACAAUGGACUCUGGAUGAAAACUGGUUGUCCUACGAUCAGCUCCUCUGCCUUGCAUUGUGGUCAACUUUCCUCAGAUUAAAGAUGCAGGUACAGCAGUGAGCUUACAACAUUUGACCUCUACUGGAUUUUCUAAUUUAUUUUAUAAGUUUUUCAGCAGCAAAACUAAACUGGGUCUACAGAUGGAUCCCUGUUUCUUGCAGAGGGAAGAGCCUUUAUACAAUGAGACUCAUUUUGGUUUUUCCUCAUGGACAGUUUCAGCCUCUUUUGUAUUAUUUCUACAAUUUGUAAACAUAUUUAUUUUUUACCUGCUUUUUUAAAUAAGGAGGGAAUUUUAUUUAACAUUAAGGGUUGGGGGGAAUCAGAAGUGAGGUGGCUUUACUUGGUGAUGAUGUUCAUAUCAUGUUCUUGGCGCAGCCACUGAGCACAAUGCAUGGGCCUUUUGCCUCUUAAGCAAAGUCACAUGCAGAGGUGUGCAGCUGGAGCUCCUCUUCAUCAGAUAAGCGCCUGCAUCCAUUGCUCUAUCUUCAUCUUGCCCAAGCCUUUCAUAUCAAAGCAGUCAUGGAUUCUGUUAAACUUCCUAGCCCUUCCAUGCACACAACCUAACAUCAGACUUAUAGCCUCCUUCUCCAUGAAGUCUUAAGGUGAAGCCAGAGCAAUCCUUUUGCUGUCUGUACUUAAUGGUGAUCUUGUUCUCAAUCCUAUACAUGGCUAGAGGUGGUAACACACUGGAGCCAUACUCUACCACAGUAUCCAGCAAUGAGGCUGUGACCAGCCCUCUUUUCACAAGAAGCUCCUUGUCCAGGGAUGGUGGUAGAGGCUGAGAUCUCUCACAGUUGCUUAUUACGCAGGCUACAGCUCAGGUUUCCCUGACUCAAUCUAAGGAUGUGAUCCUUAUUUAACUCAAAUCCAGUUGUUUCUGUUCCUGCAGGUUGCUAGACAAGUCAUAGGUGGGAAUUCCUCAGAGUGCAGCACAACUCUACCAGGACCCCUUCUCAGGAUGAUCCUUCUCCUGCUUCACAAGUCCUACCAUCUUUCUCAAUGCUGCCGUACAUUGCAGUCAUUGCAGGAUACCACAACUAAUGCCCUUCACCCACCCCACCAACAGCUGCUUUUGCAGCUUCAACUCUGCCUUUUCCUUCUGCUCCUCCGAUGGUGGAGCUCCACCUCUGUCAUCCUCCAUGUUCUCUACUACAGCAUUAUCUAGUGAGGAUGCAGUCUGAAGAUACUGGCUCCUCUUUCUCCAGGACCACCUCUCCAUCUGGGUAUUUGGUGCUGACCUUUGCCUAGCAGUAUGGAACCUAAGUAUCCCUUUUGAGUCUAAUGCUCAAGAGGCUACAACUUCAUGGACUUUUUCCCUUUCUGCUUAGUCAACUUAAAGGUCACCAUCUCCUUGAGUGUGAAAUACUUAGAGAUGAGCUGAGGCCUGCUGAACUUGUAGUUGCAGGCUGACCAAGUUCUCUGCCAAUUCUCAUUCAUGAGACCAUUGGUGGUAUCACUCUAGUUCAUAUGAAAGGUGUCUAGCCAGUUCCUCUCCAAUUCCCCAUCUUAUUUAGCUACCAAAGAGUAAAGACUUUGCUGUGUCAAGACUAUUUGCAUGGUGGGGCUAGGCACAAUGCAGGCACUAGGUCUACUUCCACAGUUCCACAUCCACCUUCUCUUGCAACAUUUCUUUGUCCUUACAGGUAAAGAUCAGUCUCUCCUUGGAAUUAAUGGUAUGCUACUCAGUAAGGUCCUGCAAGUCCAAACUCCUCUACCAGCUUAGUCCUCUUCUCUGCCAAGCCUUCUGUCGCUCCUCACCAUCCAAGCUGUGGUGUUCCCAAGGCAGUGAUCAUCCUCCCUCAACUUCUGGCUCAGGAGUGCCUUUCUUGUAGCUCUUCUCUAAAACUCAUGGGAUUGAGACACUGGCUGCUGUAAGCUCCUCUUUCUUUCUUAACACUGACCGUUAAUAGAGUUUCAACCUCAACUUGGCUAGACCUGGUUUUUCAAUGAUGAUUACCAGCAUCUGAACUGGAUGGGCCUCAGUGGUCAUCAUACUUUCUAGCUUCUCCACUGCUCAGAGUACUGUGCAGCACCAUUAGGGACCUGAAUUUCUUAACUUCCCCCCAUCCCCAAUUCAACUCCACCUCUAUUGUUCACUGCAGGUGUCAUUCUGGUGCUGUUUCUUGUACUCCUAAUGUCAUUGUGGCAGUUUGAUGAUGCCCCUGUGCCAGCCAUAACUGGUCCUAGCCACCUUUCUCUCAGAGGAGCUUGAUGACUCCAUAGUUAGUGUUAAAUUGGCCUUAAUGGGCCACCACCAAGCCCUGAUGACACGAAAAUGCAAACAAUUCCGGGUGACAAGGCAGCUGCCAACCUGUUGCUGGCAACAACUAGUGGCUGCUUCUGGCAUUGUCAUUUUCAUUGUCCUUGGAGAUUAGCUUUUUUGUUGUUUUCAGGUCAAGAAUUUUUUUUAUUGCACUUAUAAAAAUAAAAACUUGUACAUAA